ACGCGCAGGCUGUCAAGCCAGAGAGGACUGGGACGCUUGGAGGCGCAAAUGAUAAAUUAUUCACUUUUGAGCAUGACACACCGCUCCAAAACAUGGGGCUCUUCACUUCUCUGCAUUUAUUAUUAAGAGAAAUUGGGUUAUUUAGUAUAUUUACACAUCAAUUUUAUUUUUGUAGUAUCAUUUACAUGUAGGCAACAGUACAGGGUUUGAUUUUUUUAAUUUAGUAAUUCUUGAUAGAAUAAUUAAUUUUGUCGGUCGGAACAAAAGUUGUAAUAAAAUAAACAAACAAUGGCUCUAUCGCAGGUCCAGUGCUUGAAUGACAACCAUGUGAACUGGCCGAUGCAAGAGUCCAAGCCCGAGUUCUUCUACAGCGAGGACCAACGGCUGGCUUUAGAAGCGCUCGUUCAUGGCGGACGAAAGGCAUUCCACGACUACAUCCAGGAGCACAGCGUGCGCCAGUUCUUGUCAGAGCUGGAGCAGAACCAGCUGACAGAAGUUGCUGAGCCAUACCAGCCAGAAUCGGAGGGAGAGGGAGCGGAAGACAGCGAAGAUGAAGCGGGAUCCCUGCAAUACUGGCCGGAGCGCUCUGACUACUCCAUCCCCGAAUUAGACAUAGGUUGGCCUGAGCGCAUUUCUUACCGAGGAGUGACCAGAGUCAGCGUGUACACGCAACCGCCAAUGGAGGGACAGACCCACAUCAAAGAAAUAGUCAGAAAGACCAUUACGCUGGCACAGAAGGUCAUCGCCGUGGUGAUGGAUCUGUUCACAGACGUGGACAUCUUUAAGGACCUGCUGGACGCCAGCUUCCGGCGAAGGGUGGCUGUGUAUAUCAUCCUGGAGGCCACGGGAGUGCCGCACUUCCUGAGCAUGUGCGAGAGGGCGGCCAUGCACCGGGGACACCUAAAGAACCUGCGGGUGCGCAGUGCCGGGGGGACGGUGUUACACACGCGUUCUCUCAGGAAGGUGUGCGGACUGCUGAGCCAGAAGUUCAUGUUUGUGGACGGAGACAGAGCUCUGUCGGGGUCUUACAGUUACACCUGGAUGGCAUCCAGACUGGACCGGAACCUCAUCACGGUGCUGACGGGCCAGACUGUGGAGACCUUCGACGAGCAGUUCCGCCAGCUCUACUCCCAGUCUGAAGGAGUGAGUCUCAGCGAGAUCAGACUGGAGGCAGAGCCUGAGCGUCACCCGGCCCCUCAGGUGGCAGCCUCGCCCGUGCCCUCCCCCGCCACGGCCCAGAAGCUCAUCAACCCCAUGUACGCCCUGGUCUGUACCAAUAUCAAGGGCAGCGUAAACUCCACCGGCCCACAAGAUGCCGUUGGGGGAUCUGCAGAGAGCAGCAGCACCAGGGCUACUGGCCGUCCUGGACCAGCGGUCAAGGUCCUACGACGGCCUCGGGAGGCAGCGGAGGGGGCCCCAAUCCACCCAGGCCUGCGGGGCCUGGAGCAGGCCAACCUAAUCCAUUACCUGCCCACCUGGCCAGAGCCCGACCCACCCAGUGAUGUCAUUGGUUUCAUCAACAUCAGGGACAGCAGCAAGCCCCCGCAGGCCCACCUGACGCGCUCUGAGCUGUUUGAAACCUCCCAGCCUGUUCGCUUCAAGACCCCCCUCAUACUGCCAGAGGAGCCCGUCCCUGAAACUGCCUGUCCCAGGCCUCAGCACAAGAACCUCAGAACCGCCAUGGGCACCACAGAUGCUUCAGGGGUACAGAAAGAGACCAAAGAAGUUUCCAGCAUCUCUGUGAUGUCGGAGGAGUAUUACGAGAACCUUGAAACCACCAACCGCCCAAUCACCACAGACGCUCCAGAGGUAGAGAAAGAGAGAGAAGAAGUUUCCACAACCUCUGUGACGUUGGAGGAACAUUACGAGAAGCUCACAACUGCCAACGAUCCAAGUGCCACAGACACUCAAGAGGUACCGAAAGAGGUUCCCAGCAUUUCUAUAAUGUUGGAGGAACAUAAUGAGAACCUCAGAACCUUGAACCACCCCAGCACCCCAGACACUCCUAAGGAACAGAAAGAGACCAAGGAAGUUUCCAGCAUCUCUAUGACAUCAGAGGAACAUCAUGAGAACCUCAGAACCGCCAACCACCGAAGCACCACAGACACUCCUAGGGAACAGAAAGAGACCAAAGACGUUUCCAGCAUCCCUGUGACGUUGGAGGAACAUUAUGAGAACCCCCCAACUGCCAAUGACCCAGGCCCCACAGACACUCCAGAAGUAGAGAAAGAGCCAGAAGACAUUCCCAACAUCUAUGUGAGAUCAGAGGAUGAUCAGGAGAACCUCAUAACUGCCAAUGGUCUAAGCACCGCAGAAGAUCAGGGGGUAGAGAAAGAGGCGACGGACGUUUCCAGGAUCUCUGUGACAUUGGUGGAACAUUACAAGAACACAGAUCGGGCCUCGCCUGGCUCAGUCUGCAAUGGGUCGGUGCAAUCAGACGUCCACAGUCAGGCUGAUGAAGUAAACGCAGCCAGGGCUUCUGAGCCAAUGGUGAAGCAGCAACUGCAGAAGCAGCCACACCCGCAACAAGCAGCAGCCAGGGGCCUCCCAACAUGCUCACAACGGAAGCAGGAAAAAAGGCCAACACACAGACAGGUGCAGACAGACGGGCGGAAGGUGAUUCAGACCACCGACAUCCACUACCAGCAAGGGGGUGAAGUGCGAGGCUUGGCCAAGACAGCAGGCAGGAGGUUGGAUGGUUGCAUCCACCCACCCAAUUUGGCAGGGGCCAUCAGAGGCGGUCACUCAUUAUGGCAUGGCAAACAGCUGACACAGAGCAGGCUGGGCCGGGGCGGCAACCACCCGUCCCACGACCAGCCGCCCCGCAAUCAGCCGUCCAGCACCCGCAGCUCCCUCUCCCGCCAGCUUGCCGAAACUGGGCUGGGGAUCCAGACCUCCCGCGGCCCCUACAGACAGCCGCAGAGACAGCCCCAGGCCCAGCAGGGCAGGGCCAGACUCCCUCACCAGGCCCCCGCUGCACAGAGGCCCCCGGGCCCUCGCAGGGACGGACCAGCUCCCCCCGGCCUGCCGUUUACCAGGCACGGCCAGUUUCGAGCUGUGAACGGCACGGCGCCAGAGGCCCAGCCGGGUAGCUUGCAGAAAAAGGCCCUCCUGGGGAAGGAGCCGAUUAAUGGCGGCCAUUAAUCCAGCCCCUCCGCCGUAAGUAAACAGCCCAGCCACACAGGCCGGCCUGCGUCCGGAGACCGCUGACGUGCUCUUCAGCACAUUCUCCUCAUCCUCAGAUCUGCUGAUUCUUUACUGAAUUGGGGCCAGUGUACACUGCCGUGGAAAAGUAUUCGCCUGAUUCCUCAGUUCCUGUAUUAUUGCAUAUUUGUCACACAGAAUGGUUUCAGAUCUUUAAAAUGUAAUAUUAAACAAAGGGAACCUGAGUAAACACAAGACAUUUUGUCAAUUAUUAUUUCCAUUUCUUCGUGGAAAACGUUAAGAAACAUCCUGUGAAAACGGAACUGCCCCCAUGAAUUUAAAUGACUGGUUUCACCACCUAUAGCAGCAAUAACUGCAACCAAACAGACGUAAGUUCAGGAUUGUAUGGGUGUGUAAAUGUAUUGAAGAAGGAGGGAGACUGGGAGAGGGUCAAUAGAGGGAUUGCUGAGAAACAGCAAGAACUCCACCGAUUCUUACUUUAGGAAUGUUUUCCCUGCUAUACACUCAGUGAGCACUUUAUUAGGUAUUUAUUACUUACUUUUUAGACUUAUUGGUCUUCUGCUGCUGUAGCCUAUCCACUUAAGAGGUUUAACACGUGUGUGCUCUUCUGCAUACAACUGCACAUUACUGUCACCUUCCUGUCAGCUUUGACCAGUCUGGCCCUUCUCCACAGACCUCUCUUAUUAACAAGGCAUUUUUUCCCGCAGAACUGCUGCUCACUGGAUGUUUUUUUGGUUUUCGCACCAUUCCCUGCACACUCCCAGGAGAUCAGCAGUUUCUGAGAUAUUCAAACCACCCUGUCAGGCACCAAAAAUCAUUCCACAGUCAAAGUCAUUUAGAUCAUAUUUCUUCCCCAUUAUGGCAUUUGGUCUGAAAAACAGCUGAACCUCUUGACCAUGUCUGCAUGCUUUUAUGCAUUUACUUGCUGCCACAUGAUUGGCCGAUUAAAUAUUUGCAUUAACAAGCUGCUGUACAGGUCUACCAAAUAAAGUGCUCAGUGAGUGUAAGUUGAUAUUGUAAUACAUUUAAUUUCUCUAAUUUUGCUGAUGCUUAAUACAUAUCAUACCUUUACCUUUACAGUCACUUGAAGUGUUCAGCAACAGAGUUAAACCAGCACACCCUUAGCCUCUGCAGGUCCAGGAAAGCAGACCCCUGCUAUUGCUGGCCCAGUGACCCUAAAUCCAGUCACAUGUCUGUAGCACAGACAUCACAGAUCCCUUCUGUAAUUUACAACAGUGGACUGUACGAGCAUUUUAAUUUCCUCAAGGCAUAAGUAAAAAUGUCCCACCGCUCAAAGCAGGACUGAUUAAAUUGUUGUGUAUUUUAUUUCUGUACAGAAACAUUGUGUUUAGAAUUUGUUUUAGUUUUUUGUUUUUUAAAUAUAUAAAAUGUUUCUGCAUUGUAAGCUACAGUGUGUGGUGUGUGAUGCCAUUUUGAUCUGAUGGAUGGCUGACCUGUCUGCUGAAGCUCAUGGUAGAAGUGACUUUGUGAAAUUAUGGCCCUGGUGUUCCAAUGAAAAAUUAAGUUAUUCAUAAGUACGUAUUAAAUAAGUAUGUAUUUUAAGUUGAAAAUGCUUUAUGAAUAUACCAUAGGUCAGAAUAAAUCACCAAAAAUGUAUAGGUUAUUCAUACUUUGUUCAUUUGAAUUGUGUUUAACUUGCACUUUAAGCAUCUAUGAAAGAGAAAGUAAAGGGGAUACUAUGUAACAUACCUGUGUACAUAUGAUUUUGAAUUCCAUAUUUGAAGAGUAAUUUUUGUCAGCCUGUAAGCCUAUUGUUUUGUUGAUCAAAGAUUGUGUAAACUAUGUUAAAAUGCCUACCAGCAGUGUGAAGGGUGGAAGCCUUAUUUUGUCAACAGGCUCAGUCACAGUGAAUGAGCAAUAGAGAGCGACUAUCUGCUUCUAUUGAGAGUUCUGCCACUGUAGAAAAGAGUGGAUAGUGUUUGGAGAACAGGCUUUUGAAAACAUUGGAAGUGACAGUCUUUAGCCCAUAAUAAAAUUCAUGUUUGCCCUUAUA